GAUCAAUUGAUAAAUAUAUUUUAUAAAAUCGAUUGAAAGUACGCUUGUCGAUAUUUUUCUAUAAUGGCUUUACCGCUUAGUUCUCAAUACCUCAAAAUUUUGGAAAAAGAUUUGUGUAGGCGGGCGAACCAUUGUAUAUGGAAACAAUUUGCUUCCACAUUGUCCGAUAAUAAAAUAAUUAAAGGACUAGUACUUGGGGUCUAUGAAGGCGAAGGGGAUGCUGAACCCAAGUUAAGCGCUACUGCUGAGAAAUUUAAUGAUCGAGUCAAUGGAAAAAUCAUGGAUCUUAUAAGGGCAUGGAAUAUAACGGGUGCUGUAGGUAAAGGAAAAGUGUUUAAUAAUAUCGACCCUGAAUUUAGAUCCAUUGCUCUUGUGGGCGUGGGUGCACAAAACGUGGGCUUUAAUGAAAUGGAGAUGAUUGACGAAGGGAUGGAAAAUGUUCGUAUAGCAGCUGGCGUAGGUGCACGUAGCUUACAAUAUCAAGGUUGUUCUGAUGUAUUCAUUGACGGUCUUGAUUAUGCUGAACAAGCAGCGGAAGGUGCUUCUUUAGCUAUUUACCGCUAUAAUGAUUAUAAGCUGGAAAAGCAUCGCACACCUUCGCCAGUUCUGCAGCUAUACGACUCACCAGAUAUCGAUGCAUGGACUCGUGGUUUAUUUAAGGCAGAAGCACAGAAUUUGGCUAGACGCUUAACAGAUACACCAGCAAAUCGAAUGACGCCAACUCACUUUGCUCAGUCGGCUGUCGACGCCCUGUGCCCCUGCGGUGUGACAGUCGACAUACAUAGUAUGGAAUGGAUAGAGCUGCAGCGCCUUAACUCAUUUCUAAUGAUAGCGAAGGGCUCCUGCGAACCACCAGUCUUGUUAGAAAUCAGUUAUUGUGGCACAUCACCAGAGGAUAAGCCUAUACUGUUACUUGGUAAAGGCAUUACAUUUAAUAGUGGUGGUCUUUGCCUACGGAGUAGACGUGGUAUGGCUGAGUACAGAGGUUCGAUGGCAGGAGCUGCAGUUGUUGUAGCUGCCAUCCGAGCAGCAGCAGCCCUGUCUCUUCCCAUUAACGUUACGGGUGUUAUACCACUUUGUGAAAAUAUACCAUCCGGUAUGGCAGCCAAACCUGGUGAUGUUGUCACAUUACUGAAUAGGAAGACACUAUCUGUGAGAGAUACGGACAAAGCAGGUGUAGUUAUGAUGGCGGACCCAAUUCUUUACGCGCAGGCUGUUUAUAGACCACGUCUAGUUGUUGACGUUGCCACGCUGAGCAGGGGAGUGGGGCAGGCUUUGGGAGGGUCAGCGACAGGACUGUUUUCUAAUUCCAAUUUCAUCUGGAAGCAGUUCCAAAUGGCUGGAACUGUAACCGGUGACAGAAUGUGGCGUUUGCCGUUGUGGAAUUAUUUCAAGAAGCUUGUGACAAAUAACAACAGCUUCGAUGUGAGCAACGAUGGAAAAGGCCCGGCUUCUGCAUGCCUUGCAGCUGCUAUACUGCAUGAAUUUGUGCCUUGUAUUGAUUGGGCGCAUCUUGACAUACGUGGUGUAGGAAUGCUCACAAAGUUUGGAACGAUGCCAUACUUGCUGAAGGAAAGAAUGACUGGACGUCCGACUAGGACAGUAAUACAAUUUCUGUUUCAGAUGGCCUGUCCUGAUACCAAAAAGUAAAACCCUUUAUCAACAACCACACAUAAUUAAAAAAAUUCUCCCUGUCGACACAACCGUUUUUAAGGGAAAAAAGUCGCAGGGCAGCAAACAUUCGAAUGAUGUUUCAAACAUGACUCAAGAAAAACUACUUUCAAAAAUCUAUAAAUACGGACAAUAACAUUUUUUUUCAUUCCGAUUAAAAUUAUAAGUAACAUAACUUUAAAAACACUCUGUAUACACAUCGUUAAUUGGAUCCUCUAAAGAAUGUAGCAGACCUUCACAAAAGGAUGAUUUUAGAAAAAAAAAUUCUUGUUAAUUUGGAGAAAUAGAAAAUAAAAUGUACAGAGUUUACCGAAGCAAAAUUUAGUAAUGAAAAGUUCCUAAGAGUUCUUAGGAACUUUUCAUUAUUUAUUA